UAUUUUUUUUUUUUUGGCUGACAGAUGACGAGGUAUAAAUUUUUUUUCACUCUUGCCGUGUUGGCCUGUGUCGGUCAUAUUUCUGUGGAAUCAGCGAAGAAAACAUAUCCACUCAGGGACUUGUCAGUGGAUGAAUUGAAAGCAUACGAAGACACCUAUUCUGAAAACUACAAGAGUGAAGUCAACAAACAAGCAGAAGCUGAAUGGGCUUUCCAGACGAACAUCACAGACUACAAUUCAGAAGUUCAGGUGAAUUCUUCAUUGGAACUGUCAGCAUGGCUGAAACAAGAAUGGGUGUCCAACAUCAGCCAGUUCAAUUUGUCCAUCUUGGAUGUUCCUGAACAUGCUGAUUUGAGGCGCUGGUAUGCAAGCGUUGAGGACAGUGCUGUUGGGGGACCAGAACUGGGGCCCAGGGACAUCAUGUCCCAAGACCUGAAUUCUGGUCAUACUUUCCUAUGUGCAUCCAUUCUCUGA